CAGAUAUCAGACAGAUUCAGAAUAUGUACAUAGACAAUCUUUGGAUCUGUCUAGUUCGUCUGUCUGAAUCCGUGUAGUAGUUUUAUACUAAUACCUUCUUCAAAAUACAAUGUGUCAGUUGCCUCACAGAUCUAGAUAAAGCAAAAUUUAAUCAAAUUGUAAAACCUAAUUUACCUAAUAACUUAAUUGCCUAAUUUGAUAAUAAAAGCUAUCCCCCAUGUUCCAGCAGAAAGUAAAUUUGCUGUUUGAAAAUUUGUUUUCAUAAAGUGUUACUACUGAAAUUUGUAUGAUAUUAAGGCUACUUACCUAUAUAUAUAGGAAACAUUAUGUAAGAAGUUAUUUGGAAAGAAGAAGAUUUAAAAGAGCUUAUGGAUAUCGACUUGGGAGAGAAAUCGCAUGUGUGUGAGGAAUGCAAACGGUCGUUUAAAUCAAAGCGUAAUUUAAAGCAGCAUAUGCUUAUUCACACAGGGGUGAAGUCUUAUGCGUGUGAUAUAUGCAACAAGUAUUUUAGGUUUAAGUGUAAUUUAAAGACACAUAUCCUAAUUCACACAGAAAGGAAACCUCAUGUGUGUGAAGUAUGUAACAAAUCCUUUAAACUAAAAGGUCAGUUAAAUGAUCAUAUGCUUAUCCAUACUGGAUUGAAGCCUCAUGUUUGUGAUGUGUGCAAUAAGUCAUUUAGACAAAAGGGUCAUUUACAGAAGCAUCUACUUAUUCACACAGGGCAGACACCUCAUAUGUGUGAUGUAUGUAAAAAUUCAUUCUCACGAAAGGAUCAGUUAAACCAGCAUAUGUUUGUUCACAUGUUAGACAAACGACAUGUGUGUGAGGUAUGUAACAUGUCAUUUAGUCUAAAACAUGAUUUAAAUUUGCAUGUGCUUAUUCACACAAAAAAGUCUCAUGUGAGUGAGAAGUCAUGUAAUGUAAAAUGUGAUUCGAAUUCUUAUGAGCAUAUUCACUUGAAAGAAUCUUUUGUGUGUGAGGUAUGUGACAAGUCAUUCAGACUAAAGCGAGUUUUAAAUAUGCAUGUGCUUAUUCAUACCAGAGAGAAGCCUCAUGUCUGUGAUAUUUGUAAUAAGUCAUUUAGGCAAAAGUAUGAUUUAAACGUACAUAUGCUUCUUCACACGGGAGAGAAACCACAUUCAUGUGAAGUAUGUAAUAAAUCCUUUAGGCUGAAAAUGCAAUUAAAUUCUCAUAUGCAUAUCCACACAGAACAGAAAUCUGUUGUGUGUGAUGUCUGUAAUAUGUCAUUUACAGAGAAGAGUGCAUUAAAGACACAUAGGUUUAUCCAUGCUGGAGAGAAAAUUUAUCUGUGUGAAGUAUGUAAUACUUCAUUUAGACGUAAACGUAGUUUAAGCGAGCAUAUGCUUGUUCAUACAGGAGAGAAACCUCAUGUGUGCAAGGUAUGUAACAAAGCAUUUCGACAAAAAAAUGGUUUAAAAGCACACAUGCUCAUCCACACUGGAGUGAAAACUCAUGUAUGUGAAGUGUGUAGCAAGUCAUUUUCACAUAAGGGUAGUUUAAACAAACAUAUUCGUCUUCACACAGGAGAGAAACCUUAUUCAUGUGAAUUAUGUGCAAAGUCAUUUAGAGAAAACAGUACUUUAAACAAGCAUGUGCUUGUCCAUACAGGAGAGAAACCUCAUGUGUGUGAGUUAUGUAACAAGGCAUUUUCACGAAAGAGUCAUUUAAACAGACACAUGGUUGUGCACACUUAAGAUAAAUCUCUUGUGUGCAGGUAUAUAGCUUAGAUACAAGAGGGAUUUAAACUAACAUAUACUUACUGUACAGGAGGAGCACAUAGUUUAUAUUUGUAAUCAUCUUUUAGUGGCAGUGUGUUUUUGUGAAUGCGUGGUCCUGGAUUUUUUAAAAUAUUUUUUACUAAUAGUGUUAAUAAGUAGUUACUUUUGCUAUUCUAAGUGAUUUUAAUAACUUAAGCUUUAUACAAUAUUAAUUUUAUGUAAUAGUACAUUAUAUAGUUUUGCGUGCUAGAUUUCCAUAUUCAUCCGUAUUCGUUUAAACAUCGAAUGCAUUUACUCUAGUUUGCACAUUUUACAUAGCAUUGUUUUGAGUAUUUGUUUCGUAUAGAAUAUUAGGAAUUCUUUAUUUUGACUAAAAUAUUUCUUUCUAAUAGCUUAUUUGAAUGCAGGAUGUUUGGACACUGCAUUGUGCUUGGUUGCAAAACUUAAUUACGACAAAAACGACACUUAAAAUAAAUCUCAUAUGUAUAAGUAUAUAGCAAGCCUUUAGAUAUAAGAAGGAUUUAAACAAAUAAGUGCUUACUUGUACAGGAUAAAGAGCAAAUAGUUUAUGUUUGUAAUCAUUCAUUUGAUCGGGAGAAUUGGGAUAGACACACUUCUUUACACAGAACAUAAUUUGAAUUAAUGCAUAUACAUUGCACACACAAAAAAAGGGACAGUUCUGUAUCUCCCGUUCUACUGGGCCAAAUUCAAAUUGCGUUUUUCAUGUCUCGAAAGCAUGAAAUGGGGAUAUGUAUUAGAUUUAUAUAUAGCA